AUGCCUGGCACUGAGCACGUCAAACAAAUCUGGGGGUUUGCUGUUCCACAAGAAGCAUUCAAGUAUCCAUUUCUCUUACACAGCAUACUAGCUUUUUCUGCGAAUCAUCUUGCAUACAUUAACCCUUCUCGGGCGGCAAACUUCCGCAUGGCCGCCUCUUCACAUCAAAGCGCUGCACUGACAAGCCUGAACCAGGCUGUUGCAAAUAUCGGGCAUCUGAAUUGUCAUGCCAUUUUUGCUGCAGCAUCAAUGACUGUCAUCAAUGCAUUUGCCGACGCGCGUGCGUACAACUUGGACGUUCUAGUGGAGAUUUUCCACUUAGUACGCGGAAUGGAUUAUGUGCUAAGCAAUGUUACCGACAUGCUGAAGAAGGGCCCGUUCGCAGCCAUUGUCCUACCUGUCGAAGACACACCCAAGCCACCGUCCUUGUUGUCUGCCUUUCUCGUGGAGAUCCAAGCCUUGAGUUGUCCCACUACGGCGGAAUCGUCACCGGAAGAUCUUCUUGCUGCUAGAGCGGCUGAGGUACUCCGGAAUGGUCUCCAAUACGCGAUGAGUUCCUCUACUCACCCAGCCUUGCGGGCAACGAUGAUAUGGCCGAUCAGCGUCACGCCAGAGUUCAUCGAAGCGCUCAAGUCAAGAACACAUCCAGAGAUUAGGGCCAUCCUCAAGCACUAUUGCAAGCUUUUGGAGUAUGCAAGUACUGACUUCUGGUUCUACACGGGAUGGAGAGGAAUCUCGCAACAUUUGUAA